GCGCGUCGCACUUGCAUCAACUUGUCAAACACCGUACUUCAACAAAGCAUUGAAUUGUAUAACACAAUUUUAUAAUUGUGUACGCGUUUCUGAAGCAAUUGCUUAUUCUCCUGUAGUGUAUCUUCCUCAUUGCCGAUUGAGGAACUGGUAUUCAUUCAUCUAAUUUUUUUCGAUUUAUACUCUUUUUUAUUUUUCUUUUCGUUGAAUCAUGUCUGGUCGCGGUAAAGGUGGUAAAGGAUUGGGAAAAGGCGGUGCCAAGCGUCACCGUAAGAUUCUGCGUGACAACAUUCAAGGUAUUACCAAGCCUGCUAUUCGUCGUCUUGCCCGUCGUGGUGGUGUAAAACGUAUUUCUGCUUUGGUCUAUGAAGAAACCCGUGCUGUCUUGAAGUUGUUCUUGGAAAGUGUCAUUCGUGAUGCCGUCACAUACACUGAACACGCCAAGCGUAAGACCGUCACUUCCUUGGACGUUGUCUACUCUUUGAAGCGUCAAGGCCGUACCAUUUACGGUUUCGGUGGUUAAACAGAAGUUUUCAUUCACUUAUGGGCGACCUUGCAUGGGCAUUGCAUUAAUUUUUUUCUCCUUUUGUUCUACCUUCUUUUCUGUAUACCGCCGUUUUAUUUCUUUUCUGACUCGUUUAAUGUGAUUUGUUGUAUUCAUUUUGUAUAUCCGUGUUUUUCUGAACCUACCGAAGACAUGACUUGUACAUUAUUGUUUAUUUGCAAGAGGCCGGUAAGAAGCAUGAAUGCAAUGAUGAAAGAUUUCCGAUUCUAAUCCGGUAAUAAUUUAUUCAAAACAAUUAAUAUAUACCUACAUUUUUUGC